AUGAGGCUUAGCGAACACGUCGCUGCAAAUCUUCCAAUCCAUCCUAUCUUUUCUCAAAAGGACAAAAAUUUUCGUUUCAACUCUGUCAUCAAAAAGCUGAACAAUUUACACUUUUUCUUGCUCAAAGAUCCUUCAGUUAUCUUGAUUGUGUUUGUUUUUGCCGAUCCGUACUUAGGUCAAGGCUGA